AUGUCGCUGACUGAAUUGCCUGAUGUUGCUUUGAUAAAAAUUUUUCGUACACUUGAUCAUCUUGAAUUAGUUCGUCUUUAUCAUAGUUUUGAUACAUCGAAACGUAUACAAAAUUUAAUACAGAAUUGUUCAUAUCUAUGGACGAGUGUUCAUUUAAAACCUACUGUUGAUUAUCAUUUGUUUUAUUAUUUUUGUCGUUUGUUAAUGUUAAAUGCAUCAACUAUUCGUCAAUUAACAAUCGAUGAACUUGAUUUAACUUGUCGAAAGAUCCUUUAUGAUAACGAGUUUUCUCUAAAACGAUUUUUUCAUCUUGAACAAUUAAUAAUUCAUGACGAAUAUAUAUGCAAUACGUUACAGUCGUUAAAUUUUUGUUCGUUAACAUUAAAACAUUUAUGUUUAACAAAUGAUCACGUAAAUUUAAAUUCUAUAAAUACUUUAAAUCAAUUAGAUUCUUUACAGUUAACAUUUUAUUCAAUAGAUAUUCUUAACAAUAGAUUCGAACGAUUAAUCAAUCUCAAUUUAAAAGUAAUGUUUGAUUAUGAACACAAUUCUCAUGAGAUAUUUUCUCGUUUACCAAGAAGCCAUUUACAAAGUCUAACGUUGAAAUUUCUUUUGUUAAACAAUGAUUACAAUUUUGUUAAUGAAUUUAAUCAAUAUUUAUUUUCUUGUCUGUAUCUCCAAACACUGGAAUUAUCGUACUUACAUGGAAUGUGUCCCGUAUGUUUAUAUACAAAUAUAGAUUAUGCGAAAUAUCAACGAAUUCUAUUUAUUAAUAUAUGUGAAUUAAAAGAAAUGAAAAAUUUUAUUGAACCAAAUCGAAUUGAUUUGCCUGUGGAAUAUUUACAAUUGAAUUCAGCAUUAAGCACAAAUCAAUAUUCAUCGCAUGUAAAAAAUGAAUAUUGGUCCGGACGUCAAUUGAUAUCUCUUGAUUAUAUACAAUGUGUAACGACAUCAAUAGAACUUUUGAAUGAUUUGAAUAUAAUCUGGUCAGAUAAAAAUCAAGCAACACAAUCAUUUGAAUCUUAUAUACUCCGUUCGAUUUAUAAUGUACCUUAUUUAAUAUCUUCCAUACGGAAUUUGUCGAUAACUAGAUUCGAAUUAAGUCUUAGUGGUUUAAUGACAAUAAUGACAAGUUUUCCAUUGGUAACCAAUUUUAUCAUAACCGAUGGGAAAAUUGAUCAAAUGGGCUCAGGAAUGUGGAACAUGGAAAAUAUAUUAAGAAGUUUACCGAACAUAUCUCAAUCGAAUAUACAAACAAUUAUAAUGAAUAAUAUUCGAAUGUCAUGUCGAACAGUUGUUCAACUGUGUUUAGUUACUGAGCAAUUAUUAUCCUUAACAAUCAAUGAUGUUCGAAUAUUAGAUAAAAUGGUUAUUUUAGAACAAAAUCAAACAGAUAGUCGUUCAAGUUUUCUUGUUGUUUUAAAAGAUAUUGCUCAACAUACAGAUCAAUUCAAAUGGAAUCAAAUGAAAUCAUUAACAAUAGGGAAAAAUAUGAUUAAUCAUCGAAAUCUUUUAGCAUUUAUUCCAUCCCAUGUCAAUGAUACGUACUCAAUGAAUUUAAAUCAUUUACGUAUUAUUAUUUAUGAUCAUACCGUAUUAGAAGCCAAUGAUACAUUUAGACGAUCCAUUAGAAAAUUAGUAAAAACUUAUUCGAAAUUAACAUCACUUAUUAUUGAAUUUACAAAGCGAUAUGAAGGGCUUUUUCGCUUACGAAAUCAGUUGCAUACAUUAUUCGAAUUAAAUAUUAAUAAAAAAAUUCAUGUUUAUCCUACUGCACAUGACUAUGCUUGUCGUUUUUGUUUUGAUACAAAUUUUAGUAAUGAAGAGGAUGAUGAAAGUGAUGAAACUAGUUCUAGUCAAAGGAAUCGAACAUUUUGUGGUAUACCGAUAUUUAAAUCUAAAAAACAACGAAAAUCAAAUUCUUUUCCAUAA